GGAAAUAAACCGUAGCCUGGAUAAAUGUCCUAUAGCUCGGGAUUUAGCUUGGAUAUAUGUCAUUUUCCCUUAAACUGUUUUAAUUGUAUUCCGUUACAUGUUUUAAGGAGUGGCUUGGAAGAACGGUAUCCAGACAAUAUUGGGAAUAAUGUAAACCAAACCUUUUUUUAAUCUUUUUUUAUAUUAUUGUACACAGAGUAAAGUAUAGACCUUUAUCUCUUCUCUCCGCCUCUUUAAGUGUGGCCUGCAUCUGAAUCCUCUCGGUGCUUUGCAGUUUGAACAGCAGCCUGGACUCUGCCCCACAUUAUAUUUGGCAAUUCUCUCCACCACUCGCUGGACCGUCGCUGAGUAAAAGCCACGCGCUGCGCUUGGAAAUGCAUUUGUUUUUGCGCACAGAGACGUCUCCAAAAUGGACUUAAAAACCGAACUCCUCAAGUCUAUCUGGUACGCUUUCACAUCGCUGGACGUCGAAAAAUGUGGCAAAGUGUCCAAAUCACAGUUAAAGGUGCUGUCCCACAACCUGUACACAGUGCUGAACAUCCCACACGACCCGGUGGCUCUGGAGGAACACUUCCAGGAUGAUGACGAUGGGCCGGUGUCUAAUCACGGCUACAUGCCCUACCUCAACAAAUAUAUACUGGAUAAGGUCAAAGAGGGGCUGUUCUGUUUCAAACCACUGUGUUAUUUUUGA